AUGGUGCCAUCUAAUGGCAAAAGAAAUGGGAAGCAGAAAGAGAAAGGGAGCUCCAAAACUACAAAGAGCAGAGCUCCAGCUGACUCAACGACGUCUGACUUGUAUUUCCCAAGAGAAAUCAUCUCUAACAUUCUUUCCCGUCUCCCUAUUAAGAUCCUUUUACGGUUCAGGUGCGUAUGCAAGCAAUGGCGAAACCUCAUUUUUAAACCCAACUUCAUCGCCGCUCAUUUCUGCCACUCCUCUGCUUUGCAGCGCAGUGGUUCAUCCAUUGUUAUACACACCCGCCAUUACGAGACCUCCGACCAUGCACUCUCACUGUACAACCCGCAUGAUGAAUCAAUUGUCGAGCUGGACAACCCUUAUCCUUGCUUCUUUCCCAAUAUGUUCGUUGCGGGUCCUGUCAAUGGCAUUGUGUGCCUUUUUCAGAAAGCUUCAGGUGAUACUUUUACCCUUUGGAACCCAGCUAUGAGGAAGUAUGGGAUGGUGCCGCUUUCGCGGAACAAACCCGAUGAGGGAGUGCACUGUUGGGCAUCCAUCGGGUUGGCGUUUGAUCCCCAAGAGAAUGAUUUGUUGCUCUUGAGAAUCUUUUGUGUUGUGCCAGGAUCUACAGUCCCGAACCAUGUGGAAAUGUAUUCAACCAAGAGUUUCGGAUGGAAGAAACUGAAAUGUGACCUGGUUUUUAGUAUAUUUUGCAAUACUUGUCUUGCGAUCGUUAAAGGGGUUCCUUAUUGGUUGGCUUUUGUAACUGAUGAAUUUGGGUUGCGUACAGUGUUGGUGCGCUUUGAUGUGGGCAACAAAGUAUUAGAGAAGUUACCUAUGCCAGGAAUCGGAGAGGUGGCUGAUCAAUGUAUUGUCACCAUAGAGGAUUCUAUUGGUUUGUUAACUCGGGAGGAAAGAGACGAAUGCUAUAUUAGUGUUUGGGUAAUGGAUGAAGAAGAUGGUCGGAGUAAGAAAUGCAAGGCAGGACCGUUACUCGGGUUUGACGGAAUUGUGGGCUGUUUGAGGAAUGGUGACAUUGUUGUUGAGAAUGAAAGUGGACUGUUGUUCUUUGAUCCAGUGACUAGUUCAGUUAUGGUAAAACUGAGUGUUGAUAAUGCUAAGAAGGGUUCAUAUGAGAUUUUCAACUAUUCGGAGAGCCUACUUCUGAUCGAAUGGAUGCUACCAGUUAAUAAGCAAGCUAAAGAAUAA